UAGGCAGUCAUGUGAGAAAGAAGAAAGAAAAAGAAAAAUAAAUAAAUAGAAGUAGCUAGUGUUGUUUGAUGAGAGGUCUCCGUUAUAGGAAGUUCGUAGCUCUCUAAUUAUAUAUAAACAGCUUCAGAUAGAGAUCUGCAAAAGUUGAUAUAUAUAGCAAAACAGAAGAAACAGAAAACAACUCACUCUUCUCUCAUGGUUUCUAGAGAGCAAAAGAGAGCAGCACUAUUGCACGAGAAGCUGCAACUUCUUCGUUCCAUUACUAACUCUCAUGCUCUUAACAAGACGUCGAUUAUAAUCGAUGCAUCAAAGUACAUCAGAGAUCUAAAGCAAAAAGUAGAAAGACUCAAUCAAGACAUGGCGGCUGCACAAACAUCCACUCACCAAAAUCCUUUGCCUAUGGUAAAAGUAGAAACCCUAGAGAAGGGGUUUCUUGUAAACGUGGUGUCAGCAAAGAGUUGUCCAGGUCUUCUUGUUUCCAUAUUGGAGGUGUUUGAAGAGAUGGGUCUCACUGUUAUGGAAGCUAGGGUUUCUUGCACAGACACUUUUCGCUUUCAAGCUGUUGGAGGAGAAAAUGAAGAGGAUGGUGAGAGUAUUAUUGAUGCACAAGCUGUGAAACUAGCAGUGGGGCAAGCAAUCAAGAAUUGGAGCCAACAAAGUACUGAUGAUGAUGAUGAUAAUGAUGAUGAUCAACAGUGAAUCAGUAACUGACUAUGCCCACCACUUCUACUAUAAUUAGUCACUAAUAACUAUUAUUACUAUAUAGUAGUAUAUAGUAGUAUUUUAUUUAUAUUUAUCUCUCCUGUUUCGAAGCCUAAGUAUGUAGUGGCUGUUUUAUUGAUAAAGGAAUCAAAUAAAUAAGCUUCUACAAUAA